GAAAAAAGGGAAAAUUUUGUUAAAAUUACUUCAAAAUAUGUAGUUCGAAUGAAAUUUGAUUUUCGUGGAACUAAAGUCAUUCACUCACAUAAGAAUCGGAAAAUACUUGACAGGAUUUGAAAUUGGAUAUAACAAAACCUGGUCGGAAUAGCAUAUUCGUAUUUUUCAGGCUCUAGUGUAAAUCCGACCAACCCCGUAAAUCACUGGUAAACCCGGAAAGAAUAUCAGAUAAUCAAUCCCACGGGCCAAGGCUACGACCACCGAAUCAACGCACAAUGAGGGGCGCCCCUCCUCAGCCACCGAAACAGGCAGCAGGUCCACCUCAGGCGGAGGACGACGGCACCGCAGAGCCCCUACUCCGGCCCGCCACCGCCGCCGGAGGCGUCAGCAUCGGUGGUGGGCUCCGGAAGAAGGCGGCGGGAGUUAGGCCAUGGCUGCUGCUGGAUUCGACUGGCCAGGCCCAGGUGGUGGAGGCUGGAAAACACGCCAUCAUGAGGCGAACCGGGCUCCCGGCCCGCGAUCUCCGGAUACUCGAUCCGCUGUUGUCGUACCCGUCAACUGUGCUUGGGCGUGAGCGGGCCAUAGUCAUCAAUCUGGAGCAUAUAAAGGCCAUAAUCACGGCCCAAGAAGUUCUCUUGCUCAAUUCUAGAGAUCCCUCAGUCAUUCCUUUUGUUGAUGAGCUUCAGAGGAGAAUCUUGCGACAUAAUCAGGCUAUCAAGUCUCAGGAAGCUGGAGAUGGUGAGAGUGCGGACUGGACAAACUUGUAUGAUUUGGAAGAGCCUCGAUCAACACCAGUAAGCCCUCCAAAUUAUUCUGAGAAAUUCCCGAGUAAGGAAGAGGUCGGGAAAGUAGAAGGAAAAGAACAAUCUGCGGAGAAUCGAGAUGGUCCAAAGCUGCUUCCGUUUGAGUUUGUUGCAUUAGAAGCAUGCCUCGAGGCUGCUUGCAGUUGCUUGGAAAAUGAAGCAAGGACACUGGAACAAGAGGCUCAUCCAGCAUUGGAUAAAUUAACUUCAAAAAUUAGUACUCUCAAUUUGGAACGCGUUAGACAAAUUAAAAGCCGUCUCGUUGCUAUAACUGGACGUGUUCAGAAGGUUAGAGAUGAGUUGGAACAUUUGCUUGAUGAUGACGAUGAUAUGGCAGAGAUGUAUUUAACUGACAAAUUGCAAGCACAGCUUGAGAAUUCCUCUCUGUCUUCCAUGAAUGAGGAUGUGUUGGAUCAAGAUGAUGUUCAGGCGAACACGGACGAUAGGCAUGUGAAACUAUGGCUUGUUACAAUACGUAACGGUAGUUCGGUCGUUUCUGAUGCUGAACUUCAGCGGAUUGAUAGUCGCCGCGAGCAAUUGUUUGGUGGCGCUAAUGCUCUCAGCAGAGGCAGUCAUGGCACCCAUACUAGUACACAUAGUGCUAUUAGCAAGCACCUUGACGUCGAGGAGCUUGAGAUGCUCUUGGAAGCCUAUUUUGUUCAGAUAGAUGGUACACUCAACAAGUUAUCCACCCUGAGGGAGUACGUAGACGAUACCGAAGAUUACAUCAACAUCAUGUUGGAUGACAAGCAAAAUCAUCUGCUGCAAAUGGGUGUAAUGUUAACAACAGCAACCCUCGUCGUGAGUGCUUUCGUGGUUGUGGCAGGGAUCUUUGGUAUGAACAUCAGAAUCGAACUUUUCCAAGAUCAAGUACAUGGGAUGACGAGGUUUAUGUGGACCGUCGGGGGAGGCUCAGCAGGCACUCUUUUCCUGUAUGUGAUUGCAAUUGCCUGGUGCAAACAUAGACGGUUGCUGGAAUGAGUGACGAACCGUAUGUUCCACCUGUUUGUACUAAAUUCUUUCCCAGUGUGAGUGAGCAAGUGUGUUAUAUUCAGCUGAAAGUGUGUUUUCUUGAUUCUUUGUUUUCGAACACAGAUGUAAAAAUUUUUACUUGCUUAAGUUGAUGAUAUUUCCUGAAAAUGAAAAGACAGAACAUGUUUACCUAAA